AUGGAGGUGCCCUGGAUUAUCGUUUCACUGUGGACUAGGGCUAUCUUGGGACAAAGUUAUUUGGCGGCCGAGCACCAGCAUCGCCCACUUUGGAUCCUGGAGGAUGGGCUAACCAAGAGGCAUAGACAGAACCGCCCGGAAGCCGAUUAUGAGACCACCACUAGGAUGCCUGCGCUGGUGGUCAGAAGGCAGGGCAGAGGUGGUGGUCAGGAGGCGAAGUCCGGCUCCAUUACCUUUCUGGUUAGACAUGAAGAUCGGGAAGCACCGGCUCCGCCGCCACCGCCGCCACCUCCAAAAUUGCCCUCCAUACCUCAGCGACGGUUUAUGAUGCCGCACCAUCUCCAGCUGCCCCAUCGGUACGUGCAACCCGUUCAGAGAACCAGGAGCCACCGGCGAGGAGAACGUCGCCAGCUGCCCGUCUUCGAUAAUGGACCCGGCGAGAACUCCCUGCAAUUGGGUAUGCGCGACUACCCCAUUUUCGUGUACAACGGAACGAGGGGGGAGCUGAUUCUCAACACCAUGCUGAGCAGGAGGCGUUAUCCCAUGCAGGAACCAGUCCCAGGCCAAGUCCUCUAUCCACCAUCCACCCCCAUGUUCCGGCCGAAGCCGAUUGUGGAGCGAUUCCGCUUCCCAGGUCAACGGGAGCUUAUGAACCUGACGCUAAUUCCCUUUUACGCCCAAGAGGCCAUCAGUGAUCCUGCCCUAACUAGCACCUCCACUCAGGCACCCACCAUCUCCACCUCCACCACGCCCAUACCCUCACCAUCGCCCUACGAAACACAGCUGCCCAGAAUCGAGGGAGUGCUGGCGCUGGGAAAGCGGAAAAGGAAGAAGGCCAAGCAAUAUGAGGCUUUCCAUUCCCCGCAGGAAGUGGUGCAGUGGCAGCCAGUGCUGCGACGAUCCACUGGCCACAACGACAACCAUCGCCAUCACUCCAGUGAGGAAGUGGAGCCGGACGAGCAGAAGGAGUUGGUCGCCGUCAGCGAUGGUGUGGAGGAGGCACUCGACGAACAAGACUGGCUGACGGCACAGGAAGCCGAGACGGAGGUGGAACUACCUCCAGAACUACCCACAGAAACAUCUACCGCCAGCAGCAGCGAGCCCUUCCAGAUCGUCUACUUCGAUGAGAGUCUGGAGCGGCCAGCCGUGGAAGCUCUGAGUCCCACUACGCCACCGCCGCCGCCGCCGCCUUUGCGACAGAGCUCUCGAUAUGCCCUCAAAAGGGAGUACUAUGCGUUUCCAGUGUACACCCUGGGUAAACUGCUCCAGCCGCAAGCACCGAAUCCCUCCAAGAAUCUGCUGGAGAAGAGCGAUCGCGCGGCAAGAAGCUCCUUGGAAAGGGAGCCCAGUACCUGGUUUAUACUGAACUCACGCUACAAGGGACCCUACCACCGCUCACAUGGAACGGACACUCAGACCAAGUACUACACAUCCAAGUACAUAGAGAACGGCUUGCGUUCCUUGCCUCGUAGAUAG